CUUGAGAGCCAAUGGAAACUCACGGAUGAGUCGCGUCAUUUGUCCUAGCAACUCCGGGCAGGUUCUUUACAAGCCCUUGCAUUGAGCUCCUGCGUCUGGGUGCAGCCUCGGAAUCUAACAGCCCAGCUGUUCCUUACGCCCGUGGUUGGUCGUUUGGAGCUGCUGGUUGAGCAUGUGGUGUGGGAGCCCAGCUGCCAUGGUGGCCUUUUGCGCCGGACUUUGGUUCUCUAGCCCGGGGCGGGCGCAGGGCCAGGAGGCCGGGGGUCGGCCGGGCGCCGACUGUGAAGUAUGUAAAGAAUUCUUGAGCCGAUUCUACAAUUCCUUGAUAGCCAGAGGGGUCAACUUUUCUGUGGACACCAUAGAAAAAGAAUUGAUCAGCCUUUGCUUGGAUGUCAAAGGAAAAGAAAACCGCCUGUGCUAUUAUCUAGGAGCCACGAAAGAUGCAGCCACCAAAAUCCUAAGUGAGGUCACUCGCCCAAUGAGCGUGCACAUGCCCGUGAUGAAGAUUUGUGAGAAGCUGAAGAAGAUGGACAGUCAGAUCUGUGAGCUGAAAUACGAAAAGAAAUUAGACUUGGCAUCAGUGGACCUGUCCAAGAUGAGAGUGGCAGAGCUGAAACAGAUACUGUACAGCUGGGGAGAAGAAUGUAGGGCCUGUGCAGAAAAAACUGACUACGUGAAUCUCAUUAAAGAACUGGCACCCAAGUACACAGAGACGCCUCCCCAGACAGAACUCUGACUCUUGGAAGCUGGCACACCAUUGAUUUCAGUUAGAGACAAAAUGACUUUCUAGAGUAUGGGUGUGUUGGUUGAGAGUCACCAGGAAUUGCAAUGUGUGUGGACUCUGGACUUUCUUUUUUGAUAUUACACCUUGGAAUGGGUUACCUAGCUUUCUACAUAGAACUGCCAAUAUUACUGGUUUCUUAAAUCUGCAGUGUAACAAAACCUACAAGUGCCUUUCUCAUCAUUUUCUUGUAUGUGGGUUAUCAUUGCCUAGGUCCUAAAGUUGGGGAAAGUGAACCACUGAAAAAUCGAUGGAGUAAAUUGACUCUAAGAAGGCAGAAAGUGCUCAGAGGCCCCUAUCUGUGCACUGACUUUUUAAAUUUAUUUUUCUUAGGGUAUAGUUAAUUUACAGUGUUGAGUCAAUUUCUUCUGUACAGCAUAGUGACCCAGUCAUACAUACACACACACAUACACAUACUCUUUUUCUUAUAUUAUCUUCCAUUACAGUCUAUCCCAAGAGACUGGAUAUAGUUCCCUGUGUUAUAUAGUACGACCUCAUUGCUUAUCCAUUCUGAAUGUAAUAGUUUGCAUCCACCAACCCCAAACUCCCCAUCCAUCCCACUUCUUCCAUAUCCGUGCUCUGAUUUGUUUUGUUUGGGCUGCCUUGGAGUUCUUGGGCCAGGGAUCAGAUCUGAGCUGCAGUUUCAACCUAAGCCACAGCUGUGGUAACACAGGAUCCCCAACCCACUGUGCUGGGCUGGGGAUUGAACCUGUGUCCCAGCUGUUUCAAAAUGCCACUGAUCCUGUUGUGCCACAGCAGGAACUCCUGUGCACUGAUUUUUAAUUAAAUAUAUUGGAUUAGGACAAAAGAAAUCAUGUUUGGCUUAUCUAACUCCCAACUUCCACCCAAAUAACAAUCAAAAGUUUUUUUUUUAAAAGGAAAUUUCAUAUUUUUAACUGUAAAUCACUCUACAUUCUAGCUGUCUUUGCUAUCAGAAAUGGGAGGGCAGGAAGUACUACAGGAAAUGAGUGUUUCCCAGAUGAAGAACUAUUUAAACCUACCUUAAAUAGAUCAAGAAUCCACACAAGUGGAAGUCCCGCCGUGGCUCAGUGGUUAAUGAAUCCGACUAGGAACCAUGAGGUUUUGGGUUCAAUCAAUCCCUGGCUUUGCUCAGUGGGUUAAGGGUCUGGCAUUUCCGUGAGCUGUUGUGUAGGUUGCAGACAUGGCUCGGAUCCCGCGUUGCUGUGGCUCUGGCGUAGGCUGGCGGCUAUAGCUCCGAUUGGACCCCUAGCCUGGGAACCUCCAUAUGCCACAGGAGCAGCUCUAGAAAUGGCAAAAAGACAAAAAAAAAAAAAAAUCCACACAAGCACAGUCAGUGUUUUAGUGAAUUAUAUCAACACUCACACUGUUAAGUGCACCAAGCUCAAGGUCUUUGGCCCUUCUUCCUAUCACACAUUAGAUAACUUUUGAUACAGGAUUAAAGCAUUAUUAAGAACUUCUACAGGUGACAUGGAAUUUUAUGGUUUUUAAUGCUAUUUUAUCAGUUUUAGAUUGUAAAAUCAUUUUUGGUUCCAUUUCCUGGCCAUACAGGAAUAAUAAACCCAUUAUUGAAGUGGCUUCUUCUGUGUGACAGGUGGAGGUGGGAGUGACUGCAAGGCAGCUGGAGGGAUUGUUCUGGGAUGAUGGGAAUAUUCUGCACCUUGAUUGGGGUGAUGGUUACAGGGCUGAACAUGACUGCCGAAUUCAUCCAGUAGUGCAAUUAAGAUCUGGCCAUUUUAUUGUAUUUAAAUUAUAUCUAAAACACCGCUGCAGAAAAACUAUGUGAAAAUUGACUAAAACCAAUUGAUUCAAUUUAUCUUGUUUGUUUAAGAAUUGCAUUUACUUUACUAGGAAUUCUUUUGGGGAGUGAGGGAGGACACUUCCAGACUGAAAGCAUAUAUUGAAAGUACAAUUUUAGCUUUUAAAUGCUGCACAAAUAAACACAUUUUCAGCUGGGCAAGUGGAAUACAACUGAACUUGUCAGGGAAUUGGUGGUUAGUAAACUAAAAAUGAGAAUAAAAAAGCUUUGGUGUAAUAAAUAGCCAAAGGGUAAUUAUUUUUGGAUUUUGACAGCUUUGUCAUUGUGUGUAAAGCACCCUACUUUAUUAUGAAUUUUAUCCUUUUAAAUUAAUUUAUUUUUGUGGUACCUAUGACAUUUAGAAGUUCCCAGGCCAGGGAUUGAACUCGUGCCACAGCAGUGACAAUGCUGGAUCCUUAACUACUAGUCCACCAGGAAACUUCCAUUAAUUAUAUUCUUGAAAAGCCCACAUUUAGGCUUUUUACAACCUUUGUGUUUGUUUUUCUUUCAUACAUUUUGAACCUGAGAAACUUUUCAUUUGAAAAUGUUUGAUGUCUGAUCUCAAAAUCAGGUCAUACUUCUGUCAUUUCUUUAGGAUAUACAUCUAGGUAAUAAGAACACUGCCCAGCAAGAAUUCCUGCUGUGGCUCAGAAGUAACAAACCUGACUAGUAUGCACGAGGAUGCAGGUUCGAUCCCUGGCCUUGCUCAGUGGGUUAAGGAUCCGGCGUUGUCGUGAGCUAUGGUGUAGGGUGAAGGUGUGGCUCGGAUCCUGCAUUGCUGUGGUUGUGGUGUAGGCUGGCAGCUGCAGCUUCGAUUCGAUCCUGGGAACUUCCACAUGCUGCAGGUGCAGCAUUAAAGAAAGGAAAAAAAAAAAAAAAAAAAAAAGAGAACACUACCCAGCAGGUCAUUCAAAUCUAUGAUGUUUAGUCUGAUUUUUCAAAGGGCAUUUACAGUAAGGCAGUCCUGCUCAAACUUCUUAAAAUGUGCAAACAAACCAUCUGGGAAUCUUGUUAAAAUGUGGAUUCUGACCCAGUAGGCCUGGGUGGGGCCUGAGACUCUGCAUUAACAAGCCUCCAGAUGAUUCCCUGGGCUGCUCUUCCAGGGACCACGCUUUGAGUAGUAAGGGCUCCAAUUGUGGAUCCUGUGGUUAAUUGGUUUCCUUCUGCCAGACUCAAUCAGUUAGGUUUUUGGUACCUAGAGCUAAAUAAAACAAUAACAAGACAAACAACAAGAAAUGCACAAGAGAGUCCAUUCUCGCACAUAAAUGUAGUCCAGAAGUAGCCAGUCCAGAGGAAAUGCGUCAAUUCCACAAAAUUAUUAGGGACUCAGCUCUUAACUCUUUGCUUAAUUUCCUAGGGGUGGGUUCCAUUCUUAACUCAUGGUCCAAGUUGGCUGCUGGGACUCCUUGUUCCAGAAGGGAGAAGGUGUAAAGACCCAGGCUCUUGAGGGCAUCCUUUCCCUGCUUCCCCCUCCUCCUACCCCCGCCACCCCCCUCCACCCACAAGUUCCAUGUCCCACUAUGUUAUUGACCAGAUCAUAAUCACAGGCCAAAUCUAGCUGCAAGGGAGUUUGGGAAAUAACAUCUUUUGGUUGAAUUUAUUGCUGUCCAAAUAAAAUUGAGAUUUUUUUUUUUUUUCCUGAGGAGGAAGGGAAAGACAGUUUGUGGCCACUCACAAGCCAUCUCUGCCACACAACAUACAUUUUUCCUUCCCAUGAAUCUUAGUUAUAAUUCCUGGUUAUCAGACCCUAAACAGCUCUUCCCCCUCCUUUCUCUAUUUGCUUCUGUCGUAAAUGGAGGCAGUUAUGUUGUUCAUUCUUUCUUUAUUGGACAAGAAGUAGCUAUUUUCUAUUUUAUUUUCAUUGUAAAUGGUUUCCUCUCUCAUUGUGUAUGUACGUGUGUGUGUGCGUGCGCGCGUGUGCACGCAUAUGCAUUUUUGGGGUGUGCUUUUUGCCCCAAAUCCAUAAGCACACAAGUUAGAAGUCAAACAUUCUGAUUUCAAAAAGGGACAAAAUUCUGGGCUAAAAACUCUCAUCUAAACCGUCUAGUGUGGGGCAGACAUUAUUCCUAACCUACUCUAGAUUUCAAAAAUUCCAAGCAGAAGACCCUUUAUUUUGGCUCCUAAAUACACAUGGGAGGCUAGAUAGAGCACAACUUAAAAGCUGUAGUUCUUCAUUUGAGUAUGGAUAUUUAUAAUCCACAUUCCCACUAAAAAGUGUUAAAUUUAUUAUUAAAAAAUUUUUUUUGGGGGUCUUUUUUAGGGCCAAGCCCGCAGCAUAUGGAGGUUCCCACACUAGGAGUCAAAUUGGAGCUGUAGCUGCCAGCCUAUACCACAGCCACAGCAAUGUGGAAUCCUUAACCCACUGAGCAAGGCCAGGGAUUGAACCUGCGUCCUCAUGGAUAAUAGUCAGCUUCGUUUCUGCUGAGCCACCAUGGGAACUCCAAGAGUAUUAAAUUUGGAAUGUGCUAUCUUGUGAUACAGAACAAGAAAAUAUUUGGUUAUCAGAUCCCGAAAAAACAGCAGAGCAUUUGUGAUCCAGAGGUCCUAUCUAUGGUGUUUGAGCAGUGUUGGCUAAGAGUCUUUUCUAGGCAGAUAUCUGAGUUUUUAUCCUCUGAGUCUCAUCCAGAAGAAAGGACUGCCAGGUGCCCAUUCUUUCACAGCGUGUUUGAAAGAAAAAGAAUUCUACCAAAAGAGAAGUAGAAAAGGGAAUAUGUAGGAUGCAGUAUUAAGUUUGUUAGUUUGGGGUAUACUUUUCACUGGUAAAGGAUUUUGAGAAUUUGGGAUUGUGCGGGCACAUCUGGUGCUGAAUUUUUUUUUUUUUAAUUUUUGAAAAAAAGUAUAGUUGAUUUACAUUGUUGUGCCAAUUUCUGCUGUACGGCAAAGUGAUCCCGUCAUAAUAUACAUACAUUCUUUUUCUCAUAUCAUCCCCCAUUAUAUUCCAUGUCAAGACAUUGGACAGAGUUCCCUGUGCUAUACACUAGGACCUCAUUGCUUAUCCACUCUAAAUGUAACAGUUUGCCUCUACUAACCCCAAACUCCCGGUCCAGCUCACUGGGUUUUAACUUAAAUAGCAUGUGAGACCAAUCAUUAAAUAAUUAAAAAUGUAAAUAUGAUUGUUGAGAGAGGGGAGGUUGUAGGCUGCCAGUGAAGUGGGUCAGUUUGGGGGCAGUGUUUUUUUAAAGCUUCUCGGGUGAUUUCCCCAUAAGGCUGUCAGUCCCAGGUUCUCUGCCCAGAAUCCUGACAGCUGCCUCCCAGCCCUGGUGAUUCCUUGGUGCGGAAAGCUCACCCUGUAGUUGGGCUCUUCCAAAGUUUGGUGGUUGACCUUGGGAACCAACAUACACAGUCUGGCAAAUUGUGCAUCUGUGAACAUAUCUCUGCUUAUGCUGACACCUAGUUGAUUACACUGUGUAAGAGAUGGAUUCACCCACAUUUAGAACAAAAGAAGAAAGUAACAAGAACACACAAAGACAUAGAAUAUAGUCCUACAAGCCGUUACCAAAAUAUAUGCAGCUGUGUAUUCUUGGAAUUCAUAAUUUUUCAGAUUUUGCAAAAACAGUAUGAUGCAUAUACUAAAUAUUUCAUAACCUUCUUCUGGCCUCUGGUCACACCCUCCUCCCAUAAAUUCAGGUCAGGUUUUGUCACCAGAAGACAAGAAGAAAUCAGGUCAAGGUUUUGCUUGUUGAAUGAGUGACAGAAAGAACUUUGUGUUUUUCGGAGCUUUUUGGAUGUCUGAAUCUUUUUCCUUUCUUUUUUUUCUUUCUUUCUUUUUUUUGUUGUUGUUGUUGUUGUUGUCUUUUUAGGGCUGUACCCAUGGCAUAUGGAAGCUCCCAGGCCAGGGGUUGAAUCGUAGCUGUAGCUGCCAGCCCAAGCCACAGCCACAGCAAUGUGGGAUCUGAGACUACACCAAAGCUCAUGGCAAUGUCGGAUCCUUAACCCACUGAGCGAGGCCAGGGAUCAAACCUGCAUCCAUCCUCAUGGGUACUCGUCAGACUGAAAGUCUGUUCAGACUUUGUAUCCAAAUGCUCUGUUUUAUGAUCAGCAGUGGAAGACAAUGUUUACAGGGCUCUUGCCUUUUUCCUUUUGAAUUUUUUAAAACCUAUUUUGGAAAGAACAGAUCAAAUGUUGGUGCCUUAGUGGCGGAGUAGCUAGAAAUACAUUCGGAGGGAUCUCGGGCUGUGCAGUUUCCAGCGGGCAGUAAACUUGCUCAUCUGCUUGGUAUUUUCUAAGAAUGUGUGCAAUUGUCCCAGGAAUUCAUUUCUCCUCAUUUCUGAGCCUUCCACUGACAGCCAGAUAGUUACUUCUCAUAUAUCUCUAGUCUUUCGGAAUCCUCAAUUAGUAAGUUUCUUGUUUCUUUCAAAAAAGAAAUUCAGAGUUUUCACCUUCCCAGGAUAUAUUUAUAUGGUUUUGCCACCCCAGAAAGCUCAGUGUCUCAGCACCUUGACCUUGAACUGUAAGCACUCAAAAGCUUGGUUCAGAUCCAGCCUUUGCAAAUGACCUUUGCAGUUUCCUUUGCUUUCUUUAAUACAGUUUGGUUCCCCCAAACUUCAUUCUUUUGGAAAAUCUUAUUACCAUAAGGGCAUCUUGACUAUACAAAGAUACAAUUAGAAAUAACAAGAUGGAAAGAGUCCUGAAUUGGAACUGGAAUUCUAGGGUUGCCUAUGGCUGGUUGUGCUCUCUGGGAAGAGUCAUUCAACUUUUCUGGUCCUCUGUUUUUUUUCAUCUUAGAAUGCAGCUAAUGUUUAUUUAGUUGGGUUAUUAUGAGGAUUAAAUGGAAAAAUAUAGGUAAAACAUUAACAGAGUGCCUAGCUCAGGAUGGAUACCUCAGCAGAUAUUAGUUGACUCUGAAUUGCACUUUUAACGAUUUCAUUUGUUGUCACAGCAUUGGACUUAAAGACAUUUUAUUUCUGCUUUUUAGGGCUGCACCUGUGGCAUAAGGCAGUUCCCAGGCUAGGGGUCUAAUAGGAGCUAUACGUGCUGGCCUGCAGCACAGCCACAGCAAUGCAGGAUCCGAGCCUCAUCUGUGACCUACACCAUGGCUCAUGGCAAUGCCGGAUCCUCAACCCACUGAGCGAAGCCAGGGAUAAAACCCACAAUCUCAUGGUUCCCAGUCGUAUUCAUUUCUGCUGCACUACAACGGGAACUCCUUGAAGACAUUUUAGUGAUGGGAAGUGAGGCAGAGGAAAUGUUUAGCAAGACUAGGAAAUGCAUUCAGGUCACCUGACUUUUGGACUGGAUGUAAUUUUUAGGCUGAGAAAUUCAGGAGUGAGAGAGUUUGAUGAUUUGGAAACGUGAUCUUUAUUUUUUAUUUUUAUUUUUUAAUUUAAUUUUUAUUAGAGUAUAGUUGAUUUGCAGUGUUGUGUCAAAUUUCUGCUGUACAGCAUAAUGACCCAGUCAUACAUAAAUAUACAUUCUUUUUCUCAUACUAUCUUCCAUCAUGUUCUAUCCCAAGAGAGUGGAUAUGGCUCCCUAGGCUGUGCAACAGGACCUUAUUGCCCAUCCAUUCUAAAUGUAAUAGUUUGCAGGUAAUUUGGGAAGUAGGGAUGUUGACGCCUCGUGCCUCUGCGUCCUUAAAAGGAUGGCAAAAAGUUGUCAAAUAAAAGUGACUUAAAGUGGUUGGAAUUUGAUACACAUUGAUAAUAAUGUAUACUAGAAUGGCACCUGCGAUCAGGAAUGGGCUGUAUCUUUUAUUUGGGGUGACUCGAUACUUCUGGAACAUCCUUUCAUUCUCCACUCAUCCAUGAUGCUAUUGCAUCAUGUAGGAUGCAGAAGAAUAGAGGUCACCUGUCUUGUCCAACAACAAGAAGCAUAAUGAGUACAUUUAUGGAUUUUUUAUUGCAGCCACAUCUACCAGUUCUCUGGAGACACCUCAAAAAUUUAGUCAUCAGUGUGUCUCUAGAAAACCUAAUAAAACUCUUGAAACUGCGCAAACUCAAAUGAAGCACUCUGUGAGUUGUGCUUGAUUUGAACAAGUUUGUCAAUUAGUAAUUUUCCCAUCUGCCUUCCCUUUUCUAUUAGACAAAACGAUAAUCUACUAUAAUGUGAUCACCUAUUGCUCUACUUUGAAGAGGUACUUUUCACUUGUUUACAUUGUUAGAAAAUGUAAGGAUCGAUAUUCUUUUCCUGGUUUCACAGUAGUAUCAACUAUUUACAUCUAACCUAUACCUAUUGAAUCACACUCUAAAUUAUAUCUCUCUCUUCUGGAGGGAGGGGAAAAUUGGUAAUACAGUGCUUGAGAAAAUAAACAAUUGUCUAUGGAUAUGCUUUAGUUAAAAGUCUACUGAGACCUUAAUUUUAAACCUAGGCCUUCUGAGUAUAUUAUAUUUGUAAAAAAGCCACUUAAAGGCUUUCACUAAUCAUUGCAAUGAACUCAGACAGAAUUUUUCCCCAGCUAUAAGAAUGACAAUGAAUUGAUGCUUUCAUCUCUUUUGAGUGACUUAGUAUCAUAUACUUUUGGAGGCAAGUUUCACUUAGAAAUAAAUUUAAACUUACAGAAAAAUUUCUGUUUCAAGAAGAGUACACGGAAGUCCUAUUACCCUUCUCUAGAUUCACCAAGUGUUAGCCUUUUGCCCUAUUUUCCAUUUCUCUCUAAAAAUACACAGUUUUUCCCUAAGCUCUUUGAAAUUAAGUUGCAAAAGGUGUGAUGUUUCAUUACCUCUAAAUACUUCAAUGUGUAUUUCCUCAAGACAGGAAUAUUCCCUACACAGCCACAGGACACCCAUCAAAAUCAGGAAAUCACCUCUGGAUAUCAUACUUUCUUCUGAUCUUCAGGUCCUCACUCAAAUUUCACGGAUUCCUCAAUGAUAACCUUUGUAUGUACAGAAUUACGUGUUAGGUGGAGUUGGCAUGUCUCUUUAGUCGUCUUCAGUUGGAAGAAGUUAUUUAGUCUUAUCUUCUGCGGUCCUGACGGUUUGAAGUGUUCAAGCCAAUUAUUUUGAAGGAUGUCUCUCAGUUUGGGGUUGUCUGAUGUUUUGUCCUGAUAAGAUUCAGGUAUGUCACAGGAAUAUCACAGGAGUGACUUUGUGUUCUUCUUAGUAUCUAUUAUCAGCAGGUGUGAUGCUGAUGUAACCUAUUACUGAGAAUGCUCUUUGUUUUGUUUUAUUCUGGGUUUUUUUUGGCCUUGCCUACAACAUGUGGAAGUUCCCCAGACCCAGGGAUCGAACCUGUGCCACAGCGGCAAACAGAGCAGUGACAAUGCUGGAUCUUGAACCCACUGAGUCACCAGGGAACUCUGGAUGCUGGAUGCUGACUUUCGUCAUUUAGUUAAGACGGCGUCUGUUGGGUUUCUCCACACGAAAGUAAUAAGCAAUUUGGGGUGGGCUAUUCAUAAGUAUUGAUAAGCAUUCAUUACAAUGCUAAUAAAUAUUGUGUGGGGAGAUAGUUUCAAACUGUGUAAAUAUCUCAUCUCUCAUUAAAACUUAAUCCA